GUUCGUCACCACUGUCUAGGAACAUCUUUUGCCUAGAAACCCCCAUGGUCCUGGGGUCAUGAGUUGGUUGCUGCUGAAUGACAUCCAGUUGAUAAAUUAGAAGGUGAGAGAAUUGUAGUGUCGAUUCAGACUUAGAGAAAUCUGACCCAAACUGGGUGGGCAAAGCAGGGUGGAGUGGUUAAGAACAGGUUGGCUCUAAUCUGCAGAACUGUGUUUGAGUCCGCACCCCUCCACACGAGUGACAGACUCUUAUCUGAUGAACCGGUUUUCUUUUCCCUGCUCCUACACAUGAAGCCUGCUGGAUGACCUUGGGCCAAUCACAGUCAGAACUCUCUCAGCCUGAUCUACCUCACAAGAUGUCUGUUGUGGGGAGGGGAGGGGGCAGAAAAGUGUUUGCAAGCUGCUUUGAGGCUCGUUAAAGGUAGAGAAAAGCAGGGUAUAAAAGCCGGCUCUUCUUGCAAAUUCUAAUUUAACAAUAUUGUAGCGGGAAUCUCUCUUGAAUUGAAGCAGGAUGACUGACAUCCACAUGAAAGUGUUCUGGGGGAGGUGAAAUGGGCUCCUGGUGGGUUUUGAAAGACACCGUUAAAAAAAAAUCUUGUAUUUGAGUACAUUUGUUCUUUUGCCUCGAAUCUAUCAUUCAGUUCCUCUGUAGACACCAGAACGACAAUUGCUGCCAACUGGUGGAGUUAUUUGCCCAGGAUGAGCAGGAGAAUAAUCUGUUCAGGGUAAUUGCCGUUACAUAGUAAACUUGGAUGCCGUUUUUUGGAAAGAGCAGCAGGCUCUUUAUUAUAUAGCAGUGGGCAGAAGUAGCGCCCUGUGUAGUUGUGGUGGGGAGAGGCUGUGACUUUGAGCCUGAAAUAACAGGGUCCUCAGUUUGGUUGGCCAGCAGGAGUUCAGAAAAAACCUUUCUGCUGCUAAGCCUCUUGAUUCUCGGGGUGUCUUCUGAAACCCCCUUUUAGGAGACUAUAUAAAAUGAAUAUCAUGAAGCACGACACCAAGGUUAUUAUUGAUGUGAGAGCCUGCAUGUUUAAAAGCAGUCUACGUCAGAACAGAAGAAGAGUUUGGAUUUAUAUCCCCCUCCCCCUUUCUGUCCUGUAAAAAGGCUCAAAGGGGCGUACAAUCUCCCUCCCCCCCCACAACAAACACCCUGUGAGGUGGGUGGGGCUGAGAGAGCUCCGAAGAACUUUGUUCCUGCUGCAGUCCAGUUGCUGUCUGCUAUUGCCAGCCCAACCCUUUCGUUCUGCACAAAGAGAUCUGUAUUGAACAGGCAGGCUGAGCUCUUGAGAGUGCAGUUUUCAUCAAAACCAGGAGCUAAAUGCAUAAAAUGCUGCACUGCUGAAUGCUGCACUGCUGAAGCUUUCUGCUCCCGCUCUAGUGAACUCCUGCACUCGGAAUGUCUAUUUUGGGAAGGAACAGCUCCCAGAGGGUUCUGGCCAGGACACUUCCGUCUCCUUCCCUGGGGGAGGGUGUUGCAGAGAUUGGUUCAACGGGCGCAGGUUGGGUAGAUGGGUGCCACAGAAAAGUGGCAUCCCAGUGAUGGGAAUCUCCAUGCUCAAACUCCCAGGUUCUGUUCUCUCUGGAGGAUCCUUUGGACUAUUUGUUUUGGUUCUCGUGUUUAGCUGUCUUAUGAAUUUCCAAACCAGGGCUGUGCUUUGUGGUUUUUUGAUUGCUCAAAAUGGUAGAAGCGCUGGGAGUUCCCUAACAAGGGUUUGGAGGAGGGGGGCGGGCUGGAUAAAGUGGGUCUUUUGAUCCCAGAAGCCUUGGGUUGAGUGUCUAAUUCUGAAAGGAGGAGCUGGAAUAAAGAAAGGAGAGCUCUGUCGGCUCAAGGUGAAAGCCCAGUCAUUCGGCCUCCUGUUUUGUAACAAAAUAGCAAAGCAGGGUUGGUGUUGGAAAAGGAGGGUGCUGCAGUGGCCCCAAGUCUGAAGCUCUUGGUUUGGCUGGGCAUCGUUGUGUUUCAAGUCAAAAUGAGAAAAGACAGGCUGGAGAUUCGAAGGAAAGGCUGAGGUAAAUGCUGACUCCCAAAUUUUGAGCCAUGCUGGAUCCAAGAGCCCGGGCAGCGAGACGAGCCCUUUUGCCGAGAUAGCCAUGAACAGCUGCAAAUUCAACGGCGGCGUGGUCCGGCCCCUGAGCAGUCUGAGCACCUCACACCGGAACCUGCAUGAGCUGGAUGCCGAGACCCAGCCGCUGCAGACCUUCCAGGACUCUGGCUUGGAGGUGGUGGUGUCCAAGUCGGAGCGCAGCAAGACAUCGGACCCCCACCUGGACGAGGAGGGGGAGACAGAGGGAGGGGCCCACGGCCAGAAGAAGAACCAGAACGUCGGGUACCGGCUGGGCCACCGGCGGGCCCUCUUUGAGAAGCGCAAGCGGCUGAGCGACUAUGCCUUGAUUUUCGGCAUGUUCGGCAUCGUGGUGAUGGUCACCGAGACGGAGCUCUCGUGGGGGGUCUACACAAAGGAAUCUUCCUAUUCAUUUGCACUGAAAUGCCUUAUCAGCCUGUCUACUAUGAUCCUAUUGGGGCUUAUCAUCAUGUACCAUGCCAGAGAGAUCCAGCUGUUCAUGGUGGACAACGGUGCGGACGAUUGGAGAAUAGCUAUGACCUACGAACGGAUAUUUUUCAUCACCCUGGAGCUGAUUGUCUGUGCCAUCCACCCCAUCCCGGGCCAGUACUUCUUCACCUGGACAACCCGCCUGGCCUUCACCUACGCUACCUCCGAGGCCAACACUGACGUGGACAUCAUCCUCUCCAUCCCUAUGUUCUUGCGGCUGUACCUGAUCGGCCGGGUCAUGCUCUUGCACAGCAAACUGUUUACGGACGCCUCUUCCCGCAGCAUCGGCGCCCUCAACAAGAUCAACUUCAACACCCGCUUUGUCAUGAAGACCCUCAUGACCAUCUGCCCCGGGACAGUGCUGCUGGUCUUCAGCAUUUCCUCCUGGAUUAUUGCCGCCUGGACAGUUCGUGUCUGUGAAAGGUAUCACGACAAGCAAGACGUGACCAGCAACUUCCUGGGGGCAAUGUGGUUGAUCUCGAUCACGUUCCUCUCCAUCGGCUACGGUGACAUGGUCCCCCACACUUACUGCGGGAAAGGGGUCUGCCUGCUGACUGGCAUUAUGGGUGCGGGGUGCACAGCCCUGGUGGUCGCUGUCGUUGCCCGGAAGCUGGAACUCACCAAAGCUGAAAAACACGUCCACAAUUUCAUGAUGGAUACACAGUUAUCAAAGCGGGUCAAAAAUGCUGCCGCCAACGUACUCAGGGAAACCUGGCUGAUAUACAAGCACACCAAGCUGGUGAAGAAGACUGAUCACGCCAAGGUGCGGAAACACCAGCGUAAGUUCCUCCAAGCCAUCCAUCAGUUGAGGAGUGUGAAAAUGGAACAGAGAAAGCUGAAUGACCAAGCAAACACCCUUGUGGAUUUAGCGAAGACGCAAAACGUCAUGUAUGACAUGGUGUCAGAACUGCAGGAGCGCAACGAGGACUUGGAGAAGCGCAUCAGUGCACUGGAGGGGAAAAUUGACUUGCUCGGUCUUACUCUGCACGCCCUGCCCAGCCUGGUCAGCCAAGCCAUACGUCAACAGCAGAGGGCCCUGGUGCGGGCCUGUGGCACCUCCAACAGCUCAGAACGCUCUUCAUGGACCCCCACAAGGCGGCGGAAAUCUCCCUCCACUGCCCCACACACAUCUUCAGACAGCGGGUGACACAGGCGACCCCCUGACAGAACCUGCUGACUUUAUCUAUGGCCAUUGUGUGGCCGAAUCCCUCUGAGCUUUUUUUCUGGAAAGCCCUGUAUAGUUACAACAACCCUCCCAGAAUCCUUUGCACCAACAAGGAGGCAGCAGGUUCCCACAGCCGCCGGAAGCCAGAUUGGACCAUUUCCACUGUCACAUUAUAUGCGGAAUUGAUUGUUCUCAUUUCCCCUGAAGGGAUUGUCCUGUUGAUUGCCCCAGAGUUUUGUCUUCUGCUUCAGUUCAUUCCUUAAUUUUUUAGACGGAGAAUUUCCAGAAUGGAGAGAUGUGCAGACGGCUUAAAGUUGCCGGUUCCGAUGUUACCAGUGCCCACUGAUCAAGCAAACAAAAGCAGUCUUGAUGUGACCAUAUGUAUGGGAGUUCAGCUA